GUAAAAGAGAGGUCCAGGUACACAGAAAACUUUCAGGCAGAUCCAGGAAAACUGGUUGUUGUGAUGAAUUCUAGUUAUUGCUGAGUGAGGGGAUCUGAAGGGCCCGGUGGAAAUGUGAUCAGGCUCUUCAGUGUACAGGCUAUAGCUGAUGAGUUAUCAGAGUUUCAAAUAUUUUCAUCUCUGUCUCAAGCACAAAACAAAUGGAAAAACUGAACCAUCAGACAACAGAAGCCAGAGAUGGAACAAGAAUCUCAAUGUUUGUAGUUGGUGCUUGGGGUCAAGAAGAGAAUGAAGAUACUGGUGAAUUUCCAUACAUACUGAAAACAUAUAAAAUCUCCAUCUCUGGAACCACAAUAGAGUUGGCAUGCCCGGAGGGUUUCGAAGGUCCAAGCAUAAAAUGGGAAAAAAAUGGGGUAGAAUUAACAGAAGAGAGCCACCUAUUAUCACUGAACACUUUAUCAGAACUGGAGGUCAGUGGUUAUUAUUCCUGCUACAGCAACGAAAAGGAAAAGGGCCAUCUUCUCUACCUGAAAGCAAGAGUAUGUGAGAACUGCAUGGAGGUGGAUCUGAUGGCAGUGGCUGCAAUCAUCAUAGUCGACAUCUGCAUCACUCUGGGCUUGCUGCUGGUGGUAUAUUACUGGAGCAAGAAUAGAAAGGCCAAGGCCAAAACUGUGACCAGAGGAAUGGGUGCUGGUGGCAGGCCCAGGGGACAAAACAAAGAGAGACCACCACCUGUUCCCAAUCCAGACUAUGAGCCUAUCCGGAAAGGCCAGCGGGACCUGUAUUCUGGCCUGAAUCAGAGAGGCAUCUGACAGCUCCUGAGGACAUUGCCUCCCAUUGGCCCAGGCCUGGCUCCUCUCCAGGCACCCUGCUGCUCCCUGUUCCCUGGGCAAGUCUUGGACUCCGCAGAAUUGUUCCUCUGCCUCUUAUGGAACUCACACUUGCAGCCCUGUCCCCAGCUCCCAGCUCCCUCCUUCCUGCCUUCUCUGCUGCUUCAAUGUCCUUUGAAAUACGGUAGCUACUCACCCCUCAUACUUGGCCUGCAUUCUUGUCAGGAAGUUCAUUUCUGUUACUUACCACCACCCCCAAUUCCUUCCUUCCCUGGUGGAUUUUAAUUCUUCCUUUAGUCACCUUCUUUUUCCUGCGUGUAAAGUACCCCAUCCCUAUUUCAUCUACCUUUCUAUUUUUCCAGCUCUCUCAUUGGUGACUUUCUGUGGGAAUGAACUGGAUAAAUGCUGGCCAAGUCAUAGACCCUGGCCCAGAGCCAGCCCUUUGUUUCCUCUCCCCUGUCUCCACUGUUGGCCCCUGGAUGAUCAUUUCCAUCUCCAGGCUCCUUGCCGGCUGAGAGAGAAAUGAAAUAAAGUGUA